CACUGCUUCCUCUAAUUUUAGGAAGGGAGGAAACCAAUGCUCAGAAAGUUUUAGUAGCAUACCCAAAGCUACCCAGAUGAGAUUUGAAUCAACUUUGCCUAAUUCUAAAACCAUAACCUGUUCUCGCCUUCUUCCCACAUCAAAGCGCCUCUAUUUCUGCAGCAAUUCCGCAUCCGCGGUCUUUGCCAAAACUGGAAAAUCACUUGUGAAGCCGAGUGUGGGCUGUGGGCUAGCCAGCAAAAGCUUACAGAGUACCUACUAUGGACUCCUAGUGCUUCUGGGCUUUCCACGCCUUUUCCACUCCUACUAAGGCUAUCCUCAAAACAGGGGAAAGGAGGAGGUGCUACUGAGAAGUUCAUGUGAGGUACCCUGUGAGGGUAGUGAGGCUCUAACUGGAACUGGACUUGUCCUAGUUCACGCAGUCUGUAAGUGGUGGUGCUGGGACUUGAACCAGGAUCUCUAGCAACAAGAUCCCACCCCCAAAGAUCAUGCAGGCCUGUGGGGCCUGUGAUGGGGAUGGGCAGCAAGGAAGAUGCAGGCAAGGGGUGUCCGGCGGCCGGCGGCGUCUCCAGCUUCACCAUUCAGUCCAUCCUGGGCGGGGGCCCCUCGGAGGUGCCACGAGAGCCCGCGGGCUGGCCGGCCAGGAAGCGCAGCCUGUCCGUGUCCUCGGAGGAGGAGGAGCCGGACGACGGCUGGAAGGCACCUGCCUGCUUCUGCCCAGACCCGCACGGCCCCAAGGAGCCGGGCCCCAAGCAUCACCCCCCCAUCCCCUUUCCUUGCCUGGGUACCCCCAAGGGCAGCGGAGGCGCGGGGCCGGCGAGCUCGGAGCGCUCGCCUUUCCUCUCCCCGUCACACCCGGACUUUAAGGAAGAAAAAGAGCGGCUGCUGCCCGCGGGCUCGCCGUCGCCGGGGCCCGAGCGGCCGCGGGACGGCGGCGCCGAGCGGCAGGCGGGCGCCAAGAAGAAGACGCGCACGGUCUUCUCGCGCAGCCAGGUGUACCAGCUCGAGUCCACCUUCGACAUGAAGCGCUACCUGAGCAGCUCGGAGCGCGCCUGCCUCGCCUCCAGCCUGCAGCUCACCGAGACCCAGGUCAAGACUUGGUUCCAGAACCGCCGCAACAAGUGGAAGCGGCAGCUCUCGGCCGAGCUGGAGGCGGCCAACAUGGCGCACGCCUCGGCGCAGACUCUGGUGGGAAUGCCGCUGGUGUUCCGGGACAGCUCGCUGCUGCGCGUGCCGGUGCCGCGCUCGCUCGCCUUCCCCGCGCCGCUCUACUACCCCGGCAGCAACCUCUCGGCCUUACCUCUCUACAACCUCUACAACAAGCUCGACUACUGAGCGGCCGCCGGCCCGCGCCGCGCUCUCCCGGCCGCCUCCAGCGGCGCCCCCUCCCCCCUCCCUCCCCGGGGCUCCGGCGCGGGCCGGUGCGUGGCCGGGAAUAUUAAGAAAUACACCAUGUGUAUUCAUUAUCUCUUAUUUAUGGCCUCUGCCCUACUUUUUGUUUUGAUUGUUUCGGGUUAUUUAUCGGCAUUUCUCAAGCCAGAUCGCCUGCUUUCUAGCCAAAACAAACCAAUACGCUUUGAAAACCAUUUUGGAGGGGAUGUUCUCGGGUGGCGGUGGGAAAGGGAGUUCCGGCCAGAUCUACACUGAUUGGUAGGGAAAAAAAAAAAUCAGAAAAACAUCAACAGAACCAGGUACACUCCUCUCCCCAUACAUACACCUGUAUGUACGUACAUGCACACACAGCCGGCCAAGCCAGCGGGGGCUUCGGACAAUGAUCUCAACGCCUCUCUUCGUUUUCCUCGUCCCGAGGAUGGGCAGGAGGAGACCUCAGAUCUGUAAAUAUUUUUAAAGAGGGAAAAAAAAUAAAACAUUUUAAG